ACAACAGCUUAUUACGUAGCACACAAACAACGUGAUUGCGAAAGAAGUGAGAUUUCAUUAUUCAAGCAAAUAUUCACGCAAUCCUUACUAUUUUAUUACAGCAUUCACCGUUAUUUUUACAGUAGUGAUGGCAGUUCGCACACAGUUUGAAGGAAAUAACGAGAUAGGUGUGUUUUCUAAACUGACGAACACGUACUGUCUCACGGCAAUAGGAGGUUCAGCAAAUUUCUAUAGUGUAUUUGAAGGAGAGUUAGGAGAGUCUAUUCCUGUAGUACAUUGUAGUCUUGCAGGAUGCAGAAUCAUUGGUCGCAUGUGUGUUGGGAACAGACAUGGUUUACUGGUACCAACUGGCACCACAGAUCAAGAAUUACAACACAUAAGAAACUCGAUACCAGAUUCUGUACAAGUGAGGAGAGUUGAAGAAAGGUUAUCUGCCCUUGGUAAUGUCAUUGCAUGUAAUGAUUAUGUAGCAUUAGUCCAUCCAGACCUUGAUAAGGAGACAGAAGAAAUGAUUGCUGACAUAUUAAAGGUGGAGGUAUUUCGACAGACCAUAGCUGAUAAUGUAUUAGUUGGUAGCUAUUGUGCAAUUAGUAACCAAGGUGGACUGGUUCAUCCAAAAUCCUCCAUUGCUGACCAGGAUGAGCUUUCAUCAUUGUUACAAGUUCCCCUUGUGGCUGGUACAGUAAACAGAGGAAGUGAUGUUAUAGGUGCAGGGCUAGUAGUGAAUGAUUGGAUAGCAUUUUGUGGUCUCGACACAACCAGUACAGAACUGUCUGUUAUAGAAAGUAUAUUCAAACUUGGGGAUGCUCAGCCCAGUACCAUUACACAGCAAAUGAGAAGUUCUUUAAUUGAAAGUAUGACAUAAUUAUGGAGUGAAGUGAAGAUUACAUUGAGGUGUGAUGUUAUGAAGACUAAAUGAAAUAUGAACACAGAUUGGUUAUACAUGAGUUAUCUAUCUUGUGAUAAACUAGGACUAUCAAGGUGGUAGAGAUCAGUACUGCCUAUAUUGAGAUGUCAUUGUAGCAGUGACUUCUGGGAAGUAAACGUCUUAUGUUAUUGUUAUCACUGGGUAUCAUAUACAUGUAUCAUUAUAUUUUGAGAAUGUGAUAAUUGCAUAAAAUAAACUUUAAUGAAGUGUCUGUAAAUUUGUUUCAAGUUAUAAAGAAUGAAUACUGACAUGUAAUCAGAAAUAAUAUAGUAUUUUCAUUUUGUUAAGAACAUUUUAUUUAUGUAAAAGGAGAUACUGUAUUUUUACCAGCUUCUGAAUCUCAUUUUUAUUUUUUGGUCAAAGUAAUGUGAAGUUUUUCGUUAAGAUAAGUCACUUAUUUUUACGUAGAUUCUAAAUAAUACAUGAAGGUAAUAAUUUUAUGUGUAAAUCUACCAAUUUUCUACGAGAGGAAAUAAGUUUAUAUCAAUAAUGUUGUUUUGAUGUAAAUGUUUCAAAGUUAUAUAUAAAUUAACACAUUCUGCUUUAACACGGCAUGUUCAUACUGGUUUAUUAGUCCCCUACUGGUUUAAACGGAGGGGACUUCAGGUGUACCCUCCGUUCGUCUUUCUGUCCGUAAGAACCCAGAGGUACUUGUGUGACUUGAAGAACAAUGGGUAACAGUAAAUUUUCUUUGAUACUAUUCAUUCUCUUUUUACUUGUGUGUCUUUUUUUAAGCUUUGUGUGACUAAAAAUGGCCAAAAAGAUCAGAGGAAAUGUCACACAAGUACCAUUUUGUGAGUAUGUCCGCCUGCGUGUCCGUCAGUCUGUCCGUCAACAAAUCUUGAUCCCAUGAUAACGCAAAAAGUACAGAAAAUAUUUUUAUGAAACUUGUUAUAUGGAUAGAUGGCAGUCUGGAGAUAAUGCAUGUUUCUUUUCUUUUCUACCUAUGUUGAAAACUUUUGUUGCUAUGGCAACAAAUAGACUGAAAAUAUGACUUAUUUAACACAUAAAAUGGAUCCAGUGAUCACGCAAAAAGUACUGAAAUUAUUUUUAAGAAACUUGAAAUAUGGGUAGAUGGCAGUAGUGAGAUUAUGCACGUCUUCUUCUUUUCUUCCUUUGUUGAAAAAUGUGGUUGGUUUGGCAACAUGUUGGCUUUAAAUAUUGCAAAUAUAUCAAUAUUUGUGAUUACUCAAAAAAGUGCUGUAGACAUUUUUAUGAAACUUAAAUUCCGGAUAGAUGGCUGCAUAGUAUGGAGCAUCAUUUAAAUCUUUACUAUAGGGAGUAUAAUGAGAGCUGUCGUACUUGCCAAGCAUCAGUAACCUUGAAAACAUUUCUGAUUCAUUUGUUUACGCUUUUUCACUAUUCAGUUCUUUAUUUCUUAAGGUAUUUACUUCAAACUUCAAAUACAUUGUAUAUAUAUUUUUUUCUGGUCAUCAACCACAUCAUAUGUGACAAGGUCUACAACUUUAGCACAAAAAUUAUCGGAAUUACCUUCUUUGAACUUAAAAUUUUCGUGAAUAAGAUGAUUGUUUUAUUAGAAUUUCCUUAUUUCUUAACAUAUCUACUUCAAACUUCAUAUAUAUGUUUCUUAUUAUCCCUCAAAGGUUCAAUAUUCUAGCUCGACUAUUUCCAGAAUUAUGUCUCCCUUGAACUUAGAUUUUUUUCCAGAAAUUAUUAUUUUCUACUCAAACUUCAUCAUUUCUUAUUGCAUUUACUUCAAACUCCCUCAUCAUAAUAAUAUGACAAGCAUCAUAAAUCUAGCGUCCAUAUUUCCAGAAUUAUCUCCUUAUUCUUUAAAUUUUUCUUAUUCAUUCUUUAACUUUCUUAUUUUUACAUGGAUGUACUUAAAAUUUAAAAUAAACAUUCAUUAUCAACAACUACAUCAUAUGUGAUUAGAUUUAUAAGUUAUGGGUUUCCAUGAUAAUUUUCAAUUUGUACUAGAAAUUUAUUUGAUUUUUUUUCUUCUCUGUUACUAUAAAUGGUAUACUUGAAGUUUUUUGUUUUUUCACUUUUCUUCUUUGUGACUAUAAAUGGUAUCUUCUUUAUACUUUAGAUAAUUGUUCUUUGUAACACUCACACCAUGUAUGACAAUAUUCAUAAGUCAAGCAUCUUUAUAUUUCAAGAGUUAUCUCCUCUUAGUUUCAGAAUUUUGCUUUUAAAAAUGUUAUUUUCUGGAUACUUCUAUGGCAGUCAUUUACGAUAAAUUAUUUAGGAAAUAUUAACCAGAACAUGUUUCAGGAGUGAUGAUAUGUCAGAUAAUGAAUGUCUUUGUACCAUUAAAUGUAACAAUUUUCAA